UGUCUACAGUCUGACAUUGAUUAGUGAGUAGUGACAGUAUACGAUAGGUGUAUAAUUACUAAUUAAGCAUUUUUGUUGGUUUACAAUUUAUAUUUAAUACUUCACUACUAAGUUCUGAUGGUGAUUGGUGUUUAUACUUUAUAAUACUCGGCCUAUGUAUCUCAUGUAGAGUAGAUUAAAAAAAUAAUCAAAAGCCAUUUUACUUUCAAUUAAAGCUGUUCACUUGUGUUAGUAAUUUUAUUCAACUAUACUGUAUAUUAGUUAACUGCAAACUACACUCAAUUAAGCUAAAUAGGUUAUUGCUUUUUACCACUACUAAGUGUAGAAACUAGGAAGGGUGAACAAUACACUUGUGUGUUAAGAAAUAUUUUAUAGUUGGCAUUGAAACCUUUAGAAACUUAUAGUUGGGUUCAGACAUGGGAGAACUGUAAUCACAUAUACAUCAGAUAAUAUACAGUUCAUCAGAUAAUAUUAUGCAAGUUGCAAGUACUUCUAAAGUCAACCUUGAUGAUCAUGAUGAUUUUACUUAUUUGUGUCGAAUAUGUGCUGUCAAGACACAUAAUAUUAUACCACUGUUUGGGAAAGAUGGUGAUGAUCAACACUUGAUUGAAAAAAUUAACAAGUACCUACCAAUCAAGGUAUGCAAUGAUGAUUUAUUGCCAGCGGGAGUAUGUGAGCAGUGUUCGAAUGCUGUGUUAGCCUGGCAUGAGCUUGUCGAGUGCUGUCUCCAAGCAGAUGCUUCAUUUCAAAAUAGACUUGCUCUGUCACAAAAACAUGGAUUAUCACAGCCAACACCCGGUAUAUCGUCUAACCCAGAUACAGCACUCAAUGAAAAUGGAAUAAAAUUGAAAAAGGAGAUUAUGUUUCUCACAUUGGUAAAUAAUGUUCUAACUGAUUAUUUAAAAAGCAAUCAGAUGGAUGAUAAUGAAUGGGUUUUUGUCUGUCAAAAAUGUCCUAAGCAACCCAGCUUUGUCAAUGUGUCCACUCUGACCAAACAUUUAACUUUGAACCACAGUCAAAAUCUUCACAACAGAGAACUGCUCGAACAGUUUAUCACUACAAACAUAACAUUUAAUACAAUUCUCCUCACUGAUUCUGAACUUGCUGAACUUGACACAGAGAUAAAAUCCUCAAACUUUACGAAAGACGUUGUUUGCUUAUACUGCUCCAGCUCGUUCUCGUCCACAAAAAGACUGAUUUUCCAUUUAAGCAAACACAUAGAUAUAGGACAAAACGGCGACAUAGUAUGUUGCGAAGAGAACUAUGAUGAUACUAAACUGUUUGAACAACAUUUACGGGAUCGGCACGCGAAGCAAAUUCCGGCUCACGUUUGCAAGUCCUGCGGGUUCUCGGCGAACGACCAGUUGCAUCUACGACAACACAUUGAUGCUGAACACAAGGAAGCACAGAGAAAAGAGCAUAAACCAUCUUCAAUAAGUGAUACGAGUCAAAGAUCAAUUCCAGCAGUUUGUCCGGAUUGUAACAAGACCUAUUCUAACAAAUACAACAUGUUCAUUCACAUGGAAACACAUCGAAAGCGCGAGGAGUUCCCUUGCAGCAAGUGCGACAAGACCUAUCUGAAUAAGGGGAGUCUAAACAAGCACACGGAGUUAGUGCACGAAGGCAAGCUACCCUACCCCUGUUCAGUCUGCGGCGAGAGUUUUCCCACUCGACGCGCACGCCACGUCCACUUCCUGUUGCACACCGGAGAGACACCCCACCGAUGCCCCCGCUGCGGCAAAGCCUUCCGCUCCAAGAACUCGUUGCGAGGCCACAUCGAGGCGCACUUAGAUAUAAGGAGAUACGAAUGCUCUCAUUGUUCUAAGAGAUUCAGAAAGAGCACUCAUCUGAAAAAUCACUUGAACACCCACAAGAAGAAAAAUUAAUAGGGCUUAUUUGUUGCAGAUGGACCGACAGUAAUUACGUUAAUGAAGAAUUCAUACAAAGUAAUUUUCAAUAUAACAAUGAAAUCCCGUUUCGAAUAUCGCCGACAAACGAUUGCAUCUCCGAUAAUGACGACGAACCUCUAUCUCGCGUCGC